AUGAAGGCUAUGUGGAGCUCACUGGCAGUGGUGGUCGCAUUUACUGUGCACAUGUCAAUGGAGCGAGGCCACGACGGCCAAGCGACACACUACUGGCGUCACCAUUUCGACAUGGCGGUUCAGAACGGUGAGCCACCGCUGUAUGAUUCCGUAACACACGGGUACGUUUACGGGCGUUGGCGGAAGCCCAUCCAAGCUGAGGUGACUUUCACCGGGCUAGGUUGCAUGGAGAAGCUGUGGAAUCUAAAACAGUUUGAUUAUACAUCCAUCAGCACAGACCAGUAUUUCAUCGGUUUUGCUUUGGUCAAUCUUCAGUAUGCCAGUGAAGUCUUUCUUUACAUUGUCGAUAAGCAGGAGGAUCCAAACAACAAGUUUGAUUUUGACUCCCUCGUACCAGGCGGUGCCGGCGUCCGCUUGAGUGCAUCGUCACACUCUGGCUGUUCUGAAGGCUACAACCCUUUCCCAGCAAUGCUCAGUCCCUACCUUAUCAGAAAGUGUUGGGAUCAUCGUUCUAGGAGUUGGAACAUUAGUAUUGACCUCACAGCGCGUCGCGACAAGACAGGGGACAGCCACCACAUCAAGGUUGAGGUCACGAUGAAAGAGCGAGACGCCAUGGCAUUUGUAUACCCAAUUGAAGACCGGCGGCCAGCAUAUGUACAUAAGGGGGCAGGUUUGCCUGUUACUGGCUUCGUAAGCAUCGACGGAAAGCAUCACAGUUUCGUCAACGGUCUUGGCUCUUUAGAUUGGACGUACUCGUUGGCCAAGCACGAGACCAGGUGGAAAUGGGUCUCGCUCUCAGUGCGAGCUCAAGUUGAUGGCAAAGACGUGGACCUAGGAAUCAACCUGAGCGAGUGGGUGUACGAUGUGCCUGAGCAUGGCUCUGUCGAAAACGCAGUUUGGAUUGAUGGCACGGUGCAUCCUGUCGAUGGUAUCGUGGACAUCGUGACCCCUGAUCGAGAUUUACUCGCGGACGCCUGGUUCGUGAAAUCUCGGAAGGAGGCCAAGGUCCAACUCGACCUGACCUGUAAACCCCUUGGCUUCCGUGCGGUCGACGUGGACGCGGGCGUUCUGGCCAACCAUUUCAUACAGCCCUACGGGAUCUUCGAGGGCACCGUGCUGUUGCCGGAUGGCCGAAGAGUGGUAGUCAAGGAUGCCAUGGGCGUAGUGGAGAAGGAGUGGGAAGGCGGCUUGGGCGACUCCUCCGACGACGAGGACGUCAGUGCGACGAUCGCUCGACGCGGGGAGGAGCGACGGCGGCAGCUGAAAGAACGCGAGGAUGCGGUGGCAGCGGCGAGCAGCACCACCUUCUCUGCCAAGGCCACGCCCGAGCCGUCGCCAAAGCCGCGACCGAGCCAGGUCACUCCGAGACGAUCCCGUGCCGGCACGGACGCCUCCACCAACACAGAUUCGAGCCGCAGCUCGCGAAGUCCGCCGCCGCGAUCCAGGAGCUUCAUCCGAAGAGAUCUCAUGGCAAAGUGCUGGCGGGCAGCGUUCGGAUGGUAUGGCGGCUUUCUCGCCUUCACGCUGGUGCACCUCGGGGAUUUCGUACUCCGGGUGUGGAGCAUUGCCGAGUACAUCCAAUCCGGGCUGGAGAUUCCAGCCUACGUCUGGUUGGUGCCCUUACAGGUUAUCGGCGCUCUGCUGUCCAUCUACAUCACGUUUCAUGAUGCAGAUGUACUUCUUAUCCUGCACAACACCUCUGGAUGGGCGAAGGUUUCUGUGGCCAUCCUCUCCUUUCUCUUCCUGGGCUGCUGCCAAGUCAUUCAGGUGAAGCGGGCAUGGUCCCGGCAGAUGCACGAUGCCGAGGUUGUGAUCGAGAUGUCUGACAACGACCUCGGCGUUGCGCGGAAGGAGUCUACAUAUGACGACCGGGCGGCCAAUGCUUCUAGCCUGCACGACUUUGGCGCUGCCGAGCGCAUCACCCCGGUCGCGCUGUUGACUGGCGUUCCCUUCCUCCUCCUUCACGCCAUGAUCUCUGCACAGUACGUGCAGACUCGCUCAGACCAUCAGUCCUGGUGGCUGACCACCUGUGUCCUGAUCAUGACAGUCAGCUUCGGGAUUGUGGACAUCGAUGUUUCCGUCUCCUCCUACGUGGUGAAGCGCUACCAGAUGAACUCCCAGAGCCGGAUACCUCGGUGGAUGCAGCGCCUCUUCAAGCCCCUGCACGUGCUCUAUCGUGUGAGCGAGGUUUGUCUGCGGCUUGCGGUGCUGAGUGGCCUCGUCACCGUCCAGAACCACCUGCAGAAGGAGCAACAGGAGCCCUGGGUGCUCAUUGCACUCGUGCUAGCCGAUUAUUGUCGGAUGCUCGCAGAAACCUUGUACUGCUUGCAGAUGCUUGAGGCGAUGCUGAAGAAGGUGGAUUUGGGAAUCACGGAGUUCGACGGGCUGAUGGAGAAUCACAGACAUGCGAGCCAGCCGAACCAACGUGAGAAGUACGAGGAGAACAUGAAGGCCUCCAUCAAGAAGCUUCAGCGUGACAGGACCCAGCUCUCGGCGUGGAUCUCCGACAAGAGUGUGAAGGAGAAGUCAGCUCUAACGGAGGCUAGGUCGAAGAUCGAAGCCCGAAUGGAGAAACACAAAACCUUCGAGCGUGACGUGAAGAAGGGCCUGAACAACGAAGAGAGGAUGGACCCAGAUCAGGAGAAGCGGGCGGAAUGCAGAGCCUGGAUUCGAGAGUUCGUGAACCAGCUCUUGCAGGAGGUUGAUGAGUUCACCGCUGCCAUUGAACAGCUUCAGAAGAAGAAGACAUCCAAGAGCUCCAACGACGAGUCCCAGUCGGCUUUCAACAAAAAAAUGCAGGAGUCACAUCGAUGGCAUGUCAACAAGCUUGAGCAGCUCCUGCGAAAGGUGGACAACCAAGACAUAGACCUCGAAAGCUUAGACGACUUGAAGGACAGCUUGGAAUGCUACUUGGAUCCCGAGCAGAACGUGCGGACUCCCGAGGCCUUUGCAAACUUUGACGACACAUACUCGGACUACAACCUUGAGGAGGUUCAGGACUACCUUGCUCAACGUGUUCCGAGCCACAAAGAUGAUGAGAGGGAGGAGAAGGAGGAGCCGAAGAAGGAGGAGAUCAAGCAGCCGAAGCCUGAGCCGGCCAAGCAUAUGCCCAAGCCCGCCCCGACUGUUUCGGUGCAUCCGGUCCACAAGCCCGUGGUCGAGGAGAAGUCCGAAGAUCCGAGUUCAAGCGCAAGUGCUCCGGCAAAGACGGCGGCUCCCAAGCAGAUCGCAACAAAGGCGGCGACUGCAGCAGCAGCUGUGAUGCAGGCGGCCUCGCCACCCCCUGUGCCGUCUCCUCUGCCGAACCACCCUCCUCCACCGGCGCAGCUUCCACCAGCCCAAGCUCUGGCUCAGACGGGCCCCACCAUCCAGCCCACUCAGCCCCCCCAGCCCACCCAACCGCCUCCCAAGCAGCCACCCCAAGUGGUACAGGGCCAGCCACCGCCGCAGCCUGAAGUGCAAACCGUCGCCACCGCCGUGCUGCAGGCCAGGGCCUUGCCAGCUCCCACUCUCCCCCCGACCGCUGCUGUGCCGGCCAUGCCCAACCACAACGCCAGCCCACUUGAGCCGCCCAGCGUUCCACCGCCACCGCCCACACAGCCGGCGCAGCAGCCUGGACCCAAAAAACCACCAGCAAUCAACCGAGCCCCACCCAACGAAGCGCCGCCAGCUCAGCCGCAGGAGUCUCCCAUGCUUGCCGUUCCAGCUGUACCUGCUGUGCCGGCGGCGGUGAUGCCCGCCGUACCCGCUGUUCCAGCCGUUCCCCCUGCGCCGGCUCCUGCACCAGCCGUGGCGCCACUUGAUGCAAACGCCGGAGCCCCGGCCGCGCCAACAGCGUACGACGUGCCACCUCUCACCAAAGCACAGGAGAAGGCUCAUGCGCUCUUAGAGUCCUCCGCACGGCACAUGCCCCAAGCCGGGGACGUUCGAAGGAACAGGAAGUACCAGCCCCAGAAGUAUCACAUGCAACAUGAUAGCCAGGGCAGCCCCGUGUACCCCACAGACUCAAUCCGAAGCUUCGAAGAGCCUGCGCUCUUCGAACGCUUUGAUCAGGACACUUUGUUCUGGUCUUUCUACCAUCAGCAAGGCACCUAUCAUCAGUACCUAGCUGCAAAGGAGCUCAAGAAGCUUUCCUGGCGCUAUCACACCAAGUACCUCACGUGGUUUCAACGGCAUGAGGAGCCGAGGCUGACAGCACCAGACUUUGAGCGUGGAACCUACGUGUUCUUCGACUUCGAUGGCCAGUGGGCUCAGCGGAUCAAGGCGGAUUUCACAUUUGAGUACGCCUGGCUGGAGUCUGGGAGUUUAUCUCCUCUUUCAGCACUCGCCACAGAGGGUGGAAGCCUCAGCCGCCUGGACUUCGAUGCUUUUGCGGGCUUCCGCGCCGCCACAGGCUCGGCGAAUCAGCCGGAGGCCAUGGGCAUGGCGAUGUUGGGAAGCGGAAGGUUGGUCCUGCUCCGCCUCACGCAGCUGCUUGCUCUUCUUGGUGUAUAUCACUGGGUUUUCUGGAGAGAGAAGGAUGGAAGCCUCUACGAUGGCCUGGUUCAUGCCAAAUGGACCUAUAUCUUUGGACUCGUCCACUACUCCGUCCGGAUCUCCCGGCCCAUCUCCAAGUUGGGUCAAGACCUCCACACCGCUGCCUUGGAUGGUGACCUUCCUCUAACAAGGAAGCUGCUGAAGCCGGACCAGAACGGGCAGGUUCUAGAUGUCAAUGCGACUGCGAAGGACGGGCGCGGGAUGACGCCUCUCAUGUUGGCGGCUGCUGCAGGGCAUGUGGAGGUCAUCGAAGAGCUAGUCCACAACGGUGCAAGAGUUGGACUCCACACGGCCUUCUCUGAGGAGACGGCUCUACAUUUUGCCGUGCGGCAUCAGAAGGUGGAAGCAUGCAAGGUGCUGCUGAAGCAAGGUGCAAAGAGCACUGCUCGUGAUGCUGCUGGGAAAUCUCCAAAGGACUUGGCCAGGAGCAGCAGAAUACGGCAGCUCUUUGCCGAUAGCGAGAUGCGCGAGGAAACGCACGAGGAGACCUUCAACAAUAGCACCUCACGACGGAUGACGUAUCGGUCGGUGAAGGCCAAGCCCGUGGCCGGCUUGCAGCUCAGGAGCCUCUUUCCGAACCUCGAGAAGGACGAAGCGCCGUCCCCUCGAGUGCUGCAGCCCGGGUGCCCGGAAGCGCUAGGGGACCUGACUGCGGUGGCCUUGGGGGAUCUCGGGGAAGCGGUGGGAGCUCAAGGAGGGGCCGCCGCCUCCUCUUCCGGCAGCUCCGCUGUGGCUCGCCCUCCGGAUGCCGGUGUCAGGCCUGUCGAGACAGAUCUUGAUGUGCCUACCUUCAUCAUGUACGGGGCGAACACCGCCGGCAUCGCUUCCGGAAAUCUGCAGAAAGCCAUCAGUGAAGCCUUCCCGGAGCAGUUUGCCGACAUUGCGCGGCAGAUGAGUCAAGCUCCGCCGCAUGACGGCUUCGGAAACGGCGAGGUGUUUGUGAGCCACGAAAGCAGCAACAUCCGGCUUCUGGCCGUGUCCCUCUUUCCGCGGUCCAGCGAGGGCCCUGCGGCAGUGCGCCGAGGCGCUGCAGAUGCCUUACGCGCAGCCCAGGCGCUGUCAGGCCCAAGUUUUCGCGUCGUCACCCAUGCACUGGGCAGCUUCACCGGACACCCACGUCCGCAGCAGUUCGCCGAAUGCCUCGCGCUUGGGGUCGAAGAUUGGCUGUCUGACAACGAGAGUGCAAUCUCAAUUCAAUACCUUGCCGGUAGCUUCGACACAACGACCAUUAGAAUCUGCAAUAACCUGUGCUUGAUGCGCGAGGGCAACACCCACCUCCAAGAGCAGCAGAAACUGCAAGCCAAAUUCAGGACCCUGGUUCGACUUUUAACGCAAAGAACAGGAGUCACAAUGCUGGCCACUGCCGCCUUGCAGCAAGAGGCUUUGCCAGUAAAGAACACUUUUCUGCACUGGUACGAUGCUGACCAGUCAGCUCCACGCCGAUCUCGCUCGGAGUUCCAGAUUUAUCCGGGCAGGCUUCCCGUCGAAAGCCACUUGGCUGCAAUGUUCCAUGUGAAUCCGAUGCGUAAGGACUUCUCGAGUGGCUCGGUGAGCUCAAUGUGCUCGUGGGCAGACUGCCAAGACGACGGAGGCAUGGCAACGAUCGAGAUCGGCCCCAUCAUCGAGGAGGAGGAGCGUGACAAUCCGCGGGUGGCUGCUGCCAAGGAUGGCAGCAAGGCCGAGUUCACCCACAACCAGGUUCCCAAAACCGUGAAUCUGGCUGCAGAAUUCUCCAAAACGCCACUUCGAGCCCCUCCGACAACCAUGAUGAUUCGUAACAUCCCCAACCGCUACACACAACGGGAGUUCGUGCGCGAGUUGGAUGGGCUUGGCUUUGCGGGAACAUACGACUUCCUGUACCUGCCAAUUGACAAGGGCACCCUGUGCAAUGUUGGCUAUGCUUUCGUGAACUUCUUGGAGCCGAUCUCCGCCCAGCGCUGUAUGGAGGUUUUUCACAACUACAUCUUCCAGCGCUACCGCAAGGUGCGUGGCAAGAUCGCAGCUGUGUCCAUCGCCCACAUCCAGGGUCUGGAAGCCAACAUGCGCCACUACGAGAACUCGGCCGUGAACAUGGCCCCACGCAUCAAGCAGCAGCGCGGUCCACUCAUCAUCCCGCGCGGAAGCACGGGAAGCCACAGGGCUCAACUUGUAGGGUUUCGGGUGUGUUUGGGUUUGGAAUCUAAGUAA